CAUGCGCGGCUCCCAGAGCGCAGCGAUCAGCGGUGCGCUGUGUCCCUCGGACACAGCGGAUCACCUAUCCACAGAAAAAGCCGAAGAUGUCGGCCCAGUCAUGUGAUCAGCUGUGUCCAAUCACAGCUGAUCACAUAGCACUGAUGAUCAGUGUGCCCUGAUGAUCAGUGUAGCCCCAGCAGUGCCACGUGUCAGUGUCCAUCAGUGCCACGUGCCAGUGCCACAUCAAUGCCACAUAUCAGUGCCUACCAGUGCACAUCAAUGCCACAUAUCAGUGCCCAUCUGAGCUGCCUUUCAGUGUCACCCAUCAGUGCCGCCUAUCAGUGCCAGUCAUUGUUGCCUAUCAGUGCCAUAUAUCAGUGCUGCCUUUCAGUGCCCAUCAGUGAUGCCCAUCAGUGCCACCUACCAGUGCCUCCUCAUCAG